CAGGAUGAAAGCAGCCCUUCUGGUCGUGUCUUCCCGCUCCCAGAGCUGAGGUUGGGGAAGCUCUAUAUAUCCGCCGAGGCACCGCUGCAACCUGAGAUCCUACGGUCCCAGAGACUCGGGCUUCUCCCAAUCAUGGCGCCUCGAGAAGAUGUUGACCACACGGUCAUCUUUCACGACGAUGUCGCUCAGGCGAAUAAGAUUGGUGUUGCCGUCGAAGAAGUUGCGGCAACCCGCAUCUCAGAGGCUGACAUGAUGCGUAAGUCAGCUGAGGCCCUUACACUGAAGUCCAAGACCGGCCUUUACAUCUUUGGAUACAUGCUCGUGAUGGGCUGCAACCAAGCAGGUUUCGGUAUCGACUGGGGUGUCAUCAGCGGAAUCAACUCCAACGACCGAUGGCACGACUUCUACGGGUUCGGCAACGCUGGUGUCAUCAUCUCCACGAUCAACGCCCUGAUGCAAAUUGGUGGCUUCUUGGGUGCUCCCUUCCUGAGCUGCGCCGACGUCCUCGGCCGUCGGGGUGUCAACUUCCUCGGCAACGCUCUCGUCAUCAUCGCUGCUAUCAUGCAGGCCAUGGCCCCGAACCUGGCCUGUCUCUUCAUCGGCCGUCUCGUCCUUGGAUUCGGCACAGCGCUUUGCACCGCGCCGCAGUACGUUGCCGAGCUUGCGCCUGUACACCUUCGUGGUCGCCUCGUUGGUGUCUUUGGCGCGUGUUUCCAGGUCGGCUCGCUGAUGAUGAUUGGUAUCAUGAUGGGUUUGACGAACUGGGACAGCGACUGGCAGUGGCGGAUAGCCUUCUUCAUCCAGGCCAUCUUCCCUCUCUUCGUGUGUGUCACAAUCUACUUCGUGUGCCCAGAGUCGCCUCGUUUCCUCUACAUGCGCGGCAAGAAGGAGGAAGCCCGUCGCGUCGUGGCAAGGUACAUGACGACCGACAACGACAUCAACCACGAGAUUGUCGACCUCAUGAUCCUGCAGAUUGAGGAGUCUAUCGAGACCACAAAGGCUGGGUUCCGCGCUACCUGGGAUUUCCGGGUCUUCUUCACCAAGGCCGUGUGGUUCCGCACCGUUGUCCUGGCUGUCUACGCUGUUUUCCAACAGUGGAAUGGUGGUGGCAUCAUCGGAUACUACCUGGCUCCCGCGCUCGACACAAUCGGUAUCACCUCGCAACUCGACCAACUCGGCAUCAGCCUCGGCUCGACGGCGAUCUACUUCGUCUUCACUCUCUUCGGCUCCUAUAUCAUCGACUACUUCCGUCGUCGCACCCUCAUUUUCGCCGGACUGAUUAGCAUGAUUUGCGCCCAGAUUGCCGUCACCAUCACGAGCUGGCAGUAUAACCUCAGCGAGCAGAAGACAACGGCCAUCCUGACGGUCGUCUGGAUCUACCUCUUCCAGGUCUGCAGCGCCACCUUCAUCGCGACCAUGCACAACCUCUACCCGGUCGAGCUGCUCUCGCUGCCGUUGCGUGCCAAGGGCAUGGGCCUGUUUGCCAUGUUCCAGGCCAUCGCGGCCGUGGUGCACAACUAUGGUAUCGGCAUCGGCGUCGGGAAAGUUGGGUACAAGAUCUGGGCCGUGUACAUUGUGUACAACUUUAUUCAGAUUAUCAUUAGCUACUACGUCUUCCCUGAGACGAGUAAGCUGAACCUGGAGGAGAUUGAUACCAUCUUUGAGACGCCGGGCGGCAAGCCUGUUAAGUUGAGUAUCAAGAUUGCGGAUGCCAAGAGGGAGAAGGCGAAACUUGAUCGCCAGAAUGGGGUAUCGCAGCUUUGA